CUGCACUCCCUUGCUACAAGAAAUCUUUCCUUAAAUAUGGUAUAGAAUUUCUUUAUUUUAGUAUUUGGUCAAUUAAAUUUGAAAGGGCAUUCCUAAAGAGAGAAUGUCAGUUAAAAGCACACAUAACAAGAAGAAUGAACAGCUUAGCUUCUUCAAGAGCAAAGUAUUCAUUUGCACCUUAGGAACAAUCUUAAUAUUCAGUUCAAAUGACAAAUGAAAUGGGUCGCAAAGAAACACGUUACUUACAGACUUUAAAUUGUGAUUCAAUGGCCCAGCAAAACAUGAGAAUGCGCCCAGUGCUCCUGAAAAGGAACAGUCUGGAUUCAGCUGAUUUUAUAAGGCAGCCACAGCACCGCAGGAGCAAAUCUCAGCAGGUUCGAUUCAAGGAUGAUGGUGUGAACACAAAGAACGAGCUGGAUCCUAACCCUGCCCAACAUAUAGCAUUCAUGGCUGGAAAACCAGAAAUAUUUCCUGAUCACAGUUUUUUGCUACAUCGAUCUCCAUCUGCUGCAAGGGCUCAGAAGGGGCUUCAGAAUAUUGCCAUACAAACAUCUCCCAGCCUCAGGAAACACUUCCCAGUUUUUAAAAGAAAAAAGCUGACCGUCAGCAAAUCACUAACGGAGAUGCCAAGUGAGCCUGCAAACUCUGUCCAGGUGAACGGCAACCUUUCUGAUCAAGACAUGAUGUCUUCAGAUCUCUGUUACUUAAGAAUAACUAAUCAUUUGGAAGAUGGGUUUAAGGAGAGUGAGGUGGAUGGUCAGUUAAGUCAAAGGCCAUCAAAAGCACAAAGCAAUGGACCUAUCCAGACUGACAGUUUCUCAGGAUCAGAGAAGACAACUGUUUCUACACAGAUGCCUGAAUACAUACAUGUGAGUUUUCCAAAAGACAGCAAUGUUUCCAUGGAUGCACCAGACACAACCACGAAUUUAAGUAAUUCACUGCAUUCUUCUUCUGUCAUAAAUAUCAAUGGAAAUAAUGACAGCAGCACGCUGCUGUCUAAUUCUGGAAAAGCAUACCCUUGCCUACUCAAUUCCAGUAACUGCAGUGAAUACAAUGCUCAUGCUGAGUCCUGUGAAGCAAAUAGAAGUGAUUCGGAGUCACUUGUAGCCAGCAAAGAUGAAAGCAGUAAGGAACCUGCUCCAUUCCCAUCUCCAUCACAUCACAAUUCAUCUUGUUUCCUCAGAGACUGUCAACAGACAGGAGAGCACAAAGCAGAUUCCAGCUGUGUGACAUUAACAAACGAUGGUCACACAAUAAUCUCAGUGACCAGCAGUAAUGCGUCAAAAUCUAUUCUGACAUGUAGUUCUGAAAUGGAGAACAAUUCUACCCAGCCAGCUGUUUCCCAGUGUAACAGCUGUUUAGAAGGAUUUCACAUAAAGUCUUAUCUGCCAAGGAAUGAAAUAAACCCACAAACCAACAAAGAGAUUAGCGGACUCAAUCAAAUCCAUUUGGCACACGGUGAACUCUGUGCCCUCCAAGGCAGGCUGCAGUCUGUAGAGGAAUCUUUGCAGUCCAACCAGGAGAAGAUUAAAGUCCUUCUGAAUGUAAUCCAAGACCUGGAAAAAUCCAGAGCCCUCAGUGAAGGGCGUAACUUCUAUCACACUGGUCAAGACCUCAACAACUGCAGCACCUGCCAGAACACCGCAUGUAUCAUUUACAGUGUAGAAUAUGACUUCAGACAACAAGAAGGAAGAUUUCAUCAGAUUUUGAAAACGCUGGAUCAGGCAGAGCAAACUCCAGCUCCAGCUUCACCUCAGAAGCUGCCAUCUGAUCAUCCAGCUCCAGAGAAAAAGGAGUUGAGAAGAAAACCAAAAAAGGUGAAAAGAAAAUGCUUCUGGUGGAUUUGACUUCCUUAGGAAACCUUCUACGUUUCAAAAAACACUAAACCCGAAGAGGUUGGAGAGCACACACCUGAAAAACUGCUAUUCCAACAUCACAAAGAUGAAGAAUGUUUAAUCAGAGUAUCGGAAAAAUCAAAAGAAUCAAAUUUACUUAAAUCACCUCACUCAGUAAAGGUGCAUGAGGAUACUAUUUUCAAAAAGAAACUGUUUCUUUCAAAAGGAAGCUUUCUCAUUUUUUUCCAAGGACACUUUCAUACGCUUUGUAAAGAAUUUCUUUCCAACUUUACAAAAAAUAACUAUCUCUACUUUAAAACACAACGGUAG